UGCUACCCCACCGCAUCCCCACCCCGUCCCCACCCCUUCCCCGCGCCGCGGCAGGCGCGCAGGAGAGGCGGAGAGAGGCGCUGACAAAUCCGCUGUGGGGGCGGGAGACGAGGGAAGGAGGAGGCCCGGGACUGCGAGGGCUGCGCGAGGCAGGGGCAGCGACAGCGGCGACGCGGAGGGAGAGGAGUUGGAGGAACCGGAGUUCUGGAGACACAGAGGCACACAGUGUGGUGUAAAGGUGAUCAUUAGCCAUGGAUGUAUUCAUGAAAGGACUUUCAAAGGCCAAGGAGGGAGUUGUGGCUGCUGCUGAGAAAACCAAGCAGGGUGUGGCAGAAGCAGCGGGGAAGACGAAAGAGGGUGUUCUCUAUGUAGGCUCCAAAACCAAGGAGGGAGUGGUUCAUGGUGUGACGACAGUGGCCGAGAAGACCAAAGAACAGGUGACGAAUGUUGGAGGCGCAGUGGUAACAGGGGUGACAGCAGUAGCCCAGAAGACAGUGGAGGGAGCAGGGAACAUUGCAGCUGCCACUGGAUUCGUCAAAAAGGACCAGCUGGGAAAGAGUGAAGAAGGAUCCCCUCAGGAAGGAAUUCUGGAAGAUAUGCCUGUGGAUCCUGACAAUGAGGCCUAUGAAAUGCCUUCAGAGGAAGGCUAUCAAGACUACGAACCUGAAGCCUAAGAAACACCUUUGCUCCCAGCAUCUUGAGAUCUGCUGACAGACGUUCCAUCCUGUGCAAGUGCUCGGUUCCGAUAUGCGCAGUCAUGAUGUUUCCUCAGAGUUUUUAUAGUGCAUUUUGAAGUCUUCCGUCAGCAGUGAUUGAAGUUAUCUGUACCUGCCCCACUCAGCAUUUCGGUGCUUCCCUCUCACUGAAGUGAAUUUAUGGUAGCAAGGUCUUCGUGUGCUGUGGAUAUUGUGGCUUCAACUCUAAAUUGUUAAAACAAAUUAAAUACACCUAAGUGACUACCACUUGUUUUUAAAUCUCCACUAUUUUGUUGUUGUUGUUGUUGAGAAGUUGUGAUUUACUCUCAUAUAUUAUACAAUUUUAGGUGUCUUUAAUGAUUCUGUCUAAGAAUAAUGAUAUAUUGUGAAAUUUGUUAAAAUACAUAAUAUAUAAAAAUAUGUGCGCAUGAAUCUAUGCACCUAUAAAUAUUAACUAUGAAAUUUUACUGUUUUGUGAUGUGUUUUAUUAACUUGUGUUUGUAUAU